UAAGGUACACGUUUUAAAUAAAGUUUACUUAAAAAAAACGGAAGAUGAUUAAAAAGAAGGAAGAAGGUGGAUGAGGAACGAGACGGGAUCCGCCAUCUUCGUGAGGUCAAAAUCAACAGUGCAAGGAUGCCAAGACAUUGUUCAGCAGGUGGCUGCAAAUGUCGGGACAACCGUGAGACUCGAAAUGCUGGUAUCACCUUUCACAAGUUACCAAAAGGAGCCACACGGAGAAAACUUUGGAUCACUAACUCCCACCGGGCAGACUCCUGGGAUCCUCAGACGGACUUUGUCUACUUUUGUUCCAGGCACUUCACACCAGAGAGCUUUGAACUGACUGGAUGCAGUGGGAUCAAAAGAUUAAAGGAAGAUGCCUUUCCUACGGUAUUUGAUUUCUCCUCAGCAGCCAAAUGCAAAAGAGCAGGAACUCUGCAGAAACAAGACAUUCCUGUCAGGAAGAGUUCCUGCUCUGGUGAACAGGAGAGCAUUCAGCAGGAGAACAACCAUUUUCAAGCUGAAGAAGAACCUGCAGUUCAGAGGUCAGUAGAAGCAGACGAAGAGACGAAUGAAAACAUACUUGAACAUUGUCAAGAGUCAGGGAUGGAGCAGCCCUCACAGCAAGGACAUAAUUCUUUGCCACCAGAAGCCCGUCCCCUUUCUCCAUCACAUUACAUGAAGCGUCUACCCCCUCCUCCGGGCUUCUACCUGUCAAAGGAGCACAGCUAUGCUCAACUCUGCCCCCUGUUGUGGAGGAGACGUUACGACCAGGUUGUUGACUGCUUGGAAAAGGCCUUACGGCAACUGCAUGCAGCCAGGCGGAGAGAAAACCGUUUACGGGGCGCUGUACUACGACUCCGUGAAAAACGACUGAAGCACACACUUGUUGUGUCACGAGGUGGUUGGAAAAGCAAGAGAAGCUGGACAUCUGGCAGAGAGAAAAUACAAUUUAAAGUACAUUCUGACCAAGAGGAAAGUGAGACUGAUGCUAAGUCUGAGACUACAGGGUUGUUUGUCGACAGGUAUGUGAAUCAGCUGGAGUUGGGGUGUCAGUUUCUUCCAGAUACUAGCAGCUGGUCUGAGGUGAACAAAGCAUACUGCUUUUACUGUGGAAGAGGGGAGAUGCAGAUUGACGACCAGGUAGCAUGUAGAGUUUCAAAUACUUUCAACGAUGUGCAGUCCACAGAGCAUAGUGACUCCAUGAAGAUUCCAAGAAGUGUUGAAAGUAGUACUUGCAGCCCAGCUCAAAAUGCCAAAGACCUGCAGACUGUCAGGCUGGAAAGACCACCUAGGAAAUAUGUAGAAACUAGUGACACAUCUGUAACAAAAUCCCAAGUCAUGUCCCAAAAUCCAAGUCAUCAGCAUGUGACCCCUGCUGGGAUGUCUCCACCUGAUACUCAUGAGCAGAGUUUGCAUUUUUUAGGCUCUCAGCAGAAGCUGGUAGUCUCUGACAUAUGUAAAGGUGAUUCUGAAGGGAUGGAUCUGGAGCAUCAGCUGGACCUGCAGCAGCGGGUAUUUUGGAUACAGGACAGUGCUGAAGGACCGGUCAUUCUGGUGCCUGUCCCUACAGAAGAUGGAUCACAAAGCUUUUUGAAGAUGGAGGGGGUUGCUGAUAAAGCACAAGCACGACUGGUGCCAGAACUGGAUCAGUCUAGAGAUGAAAUAUGUGAUGAUGAACACAGUGACCAGUAUUCUGUUAUCAACAGUACAUCAGUGGAAAUGAAAGAAGAUGUGAGGAAAAAACUUAAAGAACAUCUAGAGGGAUUUCACCUUCAGCUGAGCACAGAGUUCAGAAACUGAGGAGGAUUUUCUGAGCAAACACAACAGUCAUUUCCUCACCAUAGAUUUAAUUGCCGAAUGAUUACCUUGCUAACUGAGUGGACUAUUCUGGAUGUAGUGUAGACUUAAUUCCGCUACAUUGUUGUGCAAAGAACUAUUAGAGACCCACAUCUGAGACUGUUGCUCUGAGUGAAAUCGUACUUCAAUACCAUGAGCUCACACAAUGCAUUUUAUUUGAACUGAAUCCCAUAUGCACCAUUCUUCUCCCAAAAUACCCUCUAGAACACCAAAUGUGGAUUAAUCUGCUGCUGAAAAUAGUUCCUAACAGAUGCACUGUUCAUUCCUGUUUAUUCAUUAAAAAUGGCAGUGACCUGCUGUUUUAGGGAAAUACUGAGCCAUUUUAAAUGAUACAAUGUAUUUCUGACAUGUUGGAACUAGAUUUAUGUAGGGGCCAGUGGGUUUGGUGUUGAGAAUCAGAACAGGCAAGGAAGUCAGUGUACAUUCAACAUUGUUGAUUUUAGUCUAUUAAUGAGACUUUCUGCCAUUUAAAAAACAAAAAAAUACACCAAAAUAAACCUUUAAUAUUUAAAGAAUAAAAAUGAUCACAGGUACAACUGGUAUCAGUAACAGGACAUUUCUAUAUGAAGUCAUAUCUGUAUGCUGUCCAUUAUUUGCAGUGUUAAUAGACCAUUCGUUUAUCAAUUGAGCAAACCUGAUUUGAUAAUGACAGACAGGGACAUUUUUCUGUUCUGACAUAUCUCUGAUGUCCAGUACACAUUGAAUAAAGAGUUGAUCUCAUUGCCA